UUUGACAUCACUUUGGCGCCGAAUUGCGCAGCGCGGGUAAUGUGUUUAUGAAAACACGAAGAGUAUUGUAACGUUAAGUUAUACGAUACACCAACCUAUCGCCCGGUUGAAACUUUCCAAAACUCGAAUCAUGCAGCGGAGUAUUGCGUCUUUCUUCCAGCCAAUGAAAGGCAAGGAGAAGAAUGACGGACAGGUGAAGGUGAAAUCAGAGUCUGUGAAGAGCCCACUCAAGCUGCAGAACGGCAACCAGGAAGUGGACUCUCCGGUGAAGAAGCUGAGCAAGCGCAGCCGGCAAAUCCUGGACAGCGAUGAUGAAGAGCAGACGGCCAAUCAGGUCAAAGGAGACGCCAGAGACAAGCCCACCAAGGAGCAGGCAGCCAAUCAGGUCAAAGGAGACGCUGGAGACAAACCCACCAAGGAGCAUGAGUCUGCUCCUAAAGCCACGCCCACCCCUCUGUCGCCUAAGACGCCUGUUUCCCCGGCAACGCCUAUGACCCCAGUGACCCCAGCUGCGUUGGUUGCCUCGGCAACCCCAGUCACCCCCUCCUCCGAGUCCCCCUCUGGGGUUCCCAAGCGCAGGACAGCGAGGAAGCAGUUCCCCAAGAGGAAGUUGGAGAACCGCAGUGAUGGAGAGACAGAGAAGGAGGAGAAAGAAGGAGGGGAGGAGGAGGAGAAGGAAGCCAGGGAGGAGGGAGGACGGGAGAGCAAGAGAGCCAGGACGGAGCAGUCCCAGGAGCGCCUAGACAAAGAGGAGGAGCAGAUGGAGGUGGAGAAUGGAGAUGGACAGAUCACAGAAGACAAGGAGGGAGGAGAGAAGCCCACAGCAGAGGUGAAGAAAGAGAGGGAGGAAGAGGAGGAGGGAAUGAAAGAAGAGAAGAAUGAUGAAAGCCCUGCAGGAAGGAAGAAGGGAGGAGAGAAAAAGGAGAAGGAAGGGCCAGUGAAGAAGACGGCGGCGUUCAGCAGCUUCUUCACUCCCAAGAAGGCUGCAGUGAAGCUGGAGAAGGUGGAGCAGACUGAGGAAGAGAAGAAGCCCCUCCCCUCUGAGGAGAAGGGCAGCCACAGUGCUAAAGGGGCGGAGUCCGUGGACCAGACCCAAUACGAUCCAUCCAGAGCUCACUACCAUCCCAUAGACCACGCCUGCUGGGGGCGGGGCCAGAAAGUUCCCUAUCUUGCAGUGGCUCGCACAUUUGAAAAGAUUGAAGAGGAUUCGGGCAGGUUGAGGAACAUUGAGACCUUGUCAAACUUACUGCGUUCAGUCAUCCUACUGUCUCCAGAUGAUCUUCUGUGCUGUGUGUAUCUAUGUCUGAACCAGCUUGGUCCCGCUUACCAGGGCCUGGAGCUGGGCGUGGGGGAGACGGUCCUGAUGAAAGCCGUCGCCCAGGCAACCGGACGACAGCUGGACAAGAUCAAGGCGGAGGCACAGGAGAAAGGUGACCUGGGAUUGGUGGCCGAGAGUUCCCGUAGCAACCAGAGAAUGAUGUUCGCCCCAGCCAAUCUGACCAGCAGGGGCGUGUUCGUCAAGCUGAAGGAGAUCGCCAGCAUGAGCGGCAACUCAGCCAUGAAUAAGAAGAUUGACAUCAUCAAAGGUCUGUUUGUGGCGUGCAGGCACUCUGAAGCCAGAUACAUCAUCAGGUCUUUGGCGGGAAAGCUGCGGAUUGGCUUGGCUGAGCAGAGCGUUCUGGCAGCUCUGAGUCAGGCUGUGUGUCUCACCCCACCUGGGCAAGAAUUCCCUCCGGCAGUGGUGGAUGCUGGGAAGAAGAUGAGCACGGAGAGCCGGAAGUCCUGGCUGGAGGAGAAGGGCCUCAUCCUCAAACAGACCUACUGUGAGAUGCCCAAUUAUGAUGUCAUCAUUCCUGUCCUACUCAAGGAGGGCAUCGACGAGUUGCCCAAUCAGUGCAGGCUUACUCCAGGUGUUCCCCUGAAGCCCAUGCUGGCUCACCCCACUAAAGGAGUUGGGGAGGUGAUGAAGAGGUUUGAUGAGGCCGCCUUCACCUGCGAGUACAAGUACGACGGGGAGAGAGCACAGAUCCACAUCCUGGAGAGCGGAGAGGUGCGCAUCUACAGCCGCAAUCAGGAAGAUAACACCACCAAGUACCCUGACAUCAUCGCACGCAUCCCGCAGGUGAAGAAGGCGUCGGUCGUGUCGUGUGUGUUGGACUCUGAGGCGGUGGCCUGGGACCGAGAGAAGAAACAGAUCCAACCUUUUCAGGUCCUCACUACCCGCAAGAGGAAGGACGUGGAUGCAGCAGACAUUAAGGUCCAGGUGUGUGUGUACGCCUUCGAUCUGCUCUACCUGAACGGCAAGGCCCUGGUGCGGGAGCCGCUGUGUGUGCGGAGGGCUCUGUUGAGGGAGAGCUUUGAGGAGCAGGAGGGCCAGUUUGUCUUCUCUCGUUCCCUCGACUCACUCAACACCGACGCCAUCGCUGAGUUCCUCGAGCAGUCCGUACGAGACUCUUGUGAGGGACUGAUGGUCAAGACUCUGGAGAGAGACGCCACCUACGAGAUCGCCAAGCGCUCGCACAACUGGCUCAAGCUGAAGAAGGACUACCUGGAGGGUGUGGGCGACACCGUGGACCUGUGUGUGGUGGGGGCGUACCUGGGCAAGGGCAAGAGAGCGGGCGGCUACGGAGGAUUCCUGCUCGCCUGCUACGACGAGGACAAUGAGGAGUUCCAGUCCGUCUGCAAGAUUGGAACUGGUUUCAAGGAUGAGGACUUGGAGCAACAUUACAAUUUCCUAAAGGAACACAUUCUGCCAAAACCCCGCCCCUAUUACCGUGUGGACCAAUCAGCAGAGCCGGAUGUGUGGUUAGACGCUGUGCAAGUGUGGGAAGUGAAAUGUGCCGACCUAUCACUGUCUCCAGUCUACAAAGCUGGAAUGGGAUUGGUGGACCCAGAGAAGGGCAUCUCCCUCCGAUUCCCACGGUUCCUCCGGAUACGAGACGACAAGAAGCCAGAGGAUGCUACCUCAGCAUCUCAGGUGGCUGGUCUGUACAGGCAGCAGCAGCAGAUUCAAAACCAGGGAGACAAAUCAGGCGACCUCGAGGACUACUAUUGAUCUGGCUGGUGAUUGGCUACUCAUGUCAGCUGACCCUCACAGCUCCCUUCUCUCAUUGGCUGUGGCCCUAGUGAUGUCAUAUCCAUGAUGUGUCUAGGUGAAUAAUUGCAAACGUCCCAACGUGAAUGUCUCGUGAAUGAUUUUUGUACAUAUUCAUAAUUCCUAUAAUUGUUGAUAAAUGAAACUGAAAUAAAAGAAUGUGUUUUUUUUUUGUUUUUUUUA